AGCAGGUUGACAGAUACACGCGUUCGGAGGCUCUCGCCUAUCCCGAGGUGGAAUAGUGUCGGCCGCGGAUGCACGUCGGCUCGGUCGCGCGAAGGAAGGAUGCGCUCCGCGAUCGUUGUCCGCGAGUGUUGUGUUGUCAUCGGUCCGCGCGGCGUCCGCGCGUGAAUCACGCGGGUGCUCGUUUCUCGUUACCUGCCCGCUUCUCUUCCCCCAUUCCCCGCGCGCCACCGUCCGGGGAUCCGGUGGCGUACGUGUGUAACGAGCACGCCGCGCGCGUAGAUGGAGCACGCCACUCGACGCGACGUUUACACGCGCGAGCACGCAACGUUCCUCCAGUGGUGCGUGGGCUGCGUGGAGUAGACUCGAGAGCCUCGGACUCGGGACCCCGAUUUCGUCUCGUAUUUUUCCUCCGUGAAAGUAUUGGGCAAUCCCCCGGAGUGCGGAGUAGGCAUGAGCCUCGUUCAAGGUGCAGAUCAUGGGAUGACGUAGGACCGGGCAAAAUGGAAACGGUUAGCGGGAAUUCGCACGCGCAUCAUUCCUCGUUAGAGACAAGCAGAUCCAACACGUCCACGCAGUCCGCCAGAAGCGAGGACUCCUGGUGCUCCGCGUCGGACCACGAUCUCUCCUCCGAUGACGAAAGCGAGAAGAGUAAUAUCAGUAUUAAAAGCAACUGUCAAUUGAGAAACACGUUGCAUAAGGCGCGCACGCUUUGCGACAAGUGGCGGUUUCAGAAUGUACCGGUGAACAACGUGGACAUCCUGGAGUCCCCGGGGAACCACGGCCGCCUCUCGAGGUGGUUCAGCAUUCGCCGAGGUUCGGCGCAUCAUUACGACGUCGAUUCCUCGGACACGGUGUCUCUGACCAGCCCGGUCAAAACGUCGCAAAUGCCACAGCUCUGCGAGGUUGAUGAAGAGAACAGUGCUAUGGUACAGUUUCAAUGUAUGCAACAGCGAAGACAGGCUCCGCCUACACUCCCAUCGCCACCUCCGAACUUAUCUCCUCAGCAACUAAAACGUAGACAUAUCGUGGCCGCGAUAGUACACUCUGAAAAUAGUUAUGUGUCUACUUUACAGAGACUGGUAAACGAUUACAAGAAACCGUUGGAGGAAUCUUCGCCACCUAUAUUGAGUCAAUCUAAAAUCGCGACGUUGUUUCAUAGGCUGCCCGAAAUUUUACAAUGCCAUACAUUAUUUAGAAUCGCUCUGGCGGAAUGUGUACGAUCCUGGGAUAAGGAUGAAAAAUUAGGAGAUGUAUUCGUCGCAAGUUUCAGCAAGGCCAUUGUUCUUGACAUUUAUAGUGGCUUUAUAAAUAAUUUUUCCGUGGCAAUGGAUUUAGCUAAACAAGAAUCGAAGAGAAAAACCGCGCUCGCUGAUUUCUUCAAGGUAAAGCAAAUAAGUGCUCAUGAUAGGUUAUCCUUCUUUGGAUUGAUGGUCAAACCAGUGCAGAGGUUUCCACAAUUUAUCUUGUUUUUGCAAGAUCUAUUGAAGCAUACGCCACAAGGACAUCAUGACAGAAUGUCGUUGCAACUAGCAUUAACGCAGCUCGAGAGUUUGGCAGAAAUGCUAAACGAAAGAAAACGAGAGGCGGAACAGUUUCAAGCGUUUAAAGAAAUGUUGCGGCAUGUCUCCGGAAAAUUAUCACACCGUCCACUUUCUUCAACGUCGCGUUAUCUUAUCAGGGAAGACAAUGUUACACAAUUGGAAUUUAAUCAAAAUGGCAUGAUAAUGAAAUCCAAGAGAAGAAGAUUAUUGCUAUUGAAUGAUUUAGUGGUGUGCGUUUCCGUCACUCCGAGAUCUACGGAAGAUUUUUCAGGGAAUGAACGAUUAACGUUAAAAUGGACAUAUCCAGUGUCGGAUAUUGAGAUCCAAGACACCAACAUUUCUCCAACUUUAAGUCGGUUACUCACUGCUGGUUUGAAUAAAGGCGGCAGUUUGAAAUCUGACAAAAGUGGAGAAUGUGAACAGGCGGCCGACGCGGAUAAUCUCUGUGUAGAGAUGAACGAUCUUAUGCACGAUUACGAAGUGAUGUCCAGGAUAAGUGAUUUAGUGGCACAGUUAAAAGGCAGAUACGAGGGAAUGACGCUGCAGACCACUAAGCAAAUUCUACAGUCAAUACAAAUGUCGAUACAGCAAAAAGAUGAGGAUAUGGUAUGGGUCGAUAGUUGUUGUCUUCAACUAGUCACAAAACAAGGUCAGAGGUAUACGUUUCAAACAGAAAAUCCAUUAGUGAAGAAGGACUGGAUAACCGAGUUAAGAUUGGCGCAAUUAGCUUUGGAUCCUAAUAACUCUCCGUCCUGGGAAGUACCUGAACAAGAGCAAAGGCCGUCCACAAAAAUGCCACUUUUCGUUAGUUCACAAGCGGUAUAUCACUCGCAACAUCAGACUGAAGUGCGUUGCGGUUGUUAUUAUUCCAUAGAAAAUUCACGUCCCAUCAGACGGCGCGGUAGAAGUCAAAAUUAUUUGUGGAUAUGUACGGGAGACGGUAUAUCCAGUCAUGUGACAAUUUUCGGCCAAUCGAUAACAGCUUCGGCGACUUCUUUGAAACGUAUAACUACUUUCGAUCUGGUUGAAACUAAAGUGAGCGCUAUCGAGUUCGUAAAAGGAGUGUCCAGCGAUCUUACUACGCUAGCCAGCGAUCUUGUAUGGAUGGGCACGGAUUCUCGGAGGAUUAUAAUUUAUGCCGCGACGGAACCUGAAAAAGAAGAGGAGAUUGGCAGUUAUCCCGUUUCAGGACCCGUAAUAGAAAUCAAGUAUCAUUGCGACAACGUUUUCGUAGCUUUAGGCACGGGUUUAUUACUCUUGUUCAAACGGCAAGUCGACGGCGCGUGGAAUUUCAAGGAUCCCUUUACCAUAUCAUUGGGUAACGAUCCUGUAUCGUGUUUAAUGCCAAUCAACACGUCGGUUUAUGCCGCUUGUGGCAAGAAGGUGUGGGUACUUAACGCUACUUCGGGCGAUAUUACCAAGAGCUUCAGUGUGCAACACGAACACGUCGGGAACGUGAAGCUCAUGGCCCAUUCCGGAGUCGGUCUUUGGGUCGCCCUGAAAAACUCGAGCACAGUUUGCCUUUAUCACACGGAAACGUUUAAACAUCUGCAGGACAUCAAUAUAGCAUCUAAUGUUCUGAGAGUAACGAAAAUAAAUAAUCCCGCCAACUCGCAAUACGGCGGCAACACUCUUGCCGUUAAUAAUCAAACCACGGUGACAGUCACGGCGCUUUUAGCGUGCAAGGGUCUCUUAUGGGUUGGUACUAACGUAGGUAUUAGCUUGACUAUUCCACUACCGCGAUUGGAAGGUGUGCCUAUCAUCAGCGGUCGCGUAAACAUUUCAUAUCAUGCCCACUUCGGUCCGAUCACGUUUUUAUUAGCGAUACAGAAUACGAAAAAUACAGUGUGCUCUGCAAAGGAACGCGUCAAUGUUGAUGACGAAGGUGUACAGUUGAGAGCGAAAGAUACCGAGCAGAGGUCGCGCGAUCGAGCGAGCCUGGAUUCCUCGAUGUCCAGCAAUAUCGUGAAAUUGAAACAACAGCUGACGGGAAGUCCGGUGAUGCUGAGACGAAAGCGAAGCAAGGAAUACGAUUGCAGAGCCUCGAAAACACUUCCGAGAGGAUUGGGCGCCGGUUGCGGAUUUCUAUCAAGUUCCUUCUCCAGCUCGCAAAGUUCCGGUGAAAACUGUGAUGUUUACGGACUUUACGGUGAAUUGAUGUACGUGAAAGAUUACGAGAAUGAGAACAAUUCGGGCAUAGAUCCCAUUUACGAGUCGUUAAGAAGGAGUGACCCAGAGUUAGCGGCGAUACCAAAUAAAGUGAGUACCUUGGACCGUAGAUUAAAAAUGAAAAUCACUAGGCCUAGGUCACUGGAUCUUUCCAACUGGUCGGUGGACUCUCACGCCAGCUCGUUGUACACAUCUUCCGGAUCGGAGGAGAACUUAUCUCUAAAAACUGGAAAAUUAUCUCGUAAUAGUAGCAUAGCUAGUCGUAAUGGUCCUUAUGACCUAUCCACACCUAACAAUAGCGUAGUCGAAUCCGGAUUGGAAGCAACGUCCGCGACCAAUCUUAAGGCAAACAGCAAAAAAAAUGGUAAAGCGACGCAGCAAAUAGAUCAGCCCAAGAGGACGGUAUUAACGCUGAUGGGUGGACGCGGUUAUAUCAAUUGGAGGCAGCUCCAUGCGCAAUCCACUAUUGACAAAAGUUCGAAAUCGACGUACACAUUCAAAGAUCCCAACAGCAACGAUGCACAUAUCGUCUUAUGGGAGAUGAAGUUAUGAUAUACGAUCGCAUUUUUAGUCCACUCGUCAUGCGUCGGUGUGAGAAACGAAACUUUGACGCUGAUAUGUAUGUAGUAUAGUAGACAAUAGGACCGAAAGAGUACCGAUAACGCUUUAGAUGAGAUCGUUGGUUAUUGUAAAGAAUCGGAGACAUGGUACAAGCGAUCUCGAUUGCGUGAGAUUGCGUAGAAUCGCGUAGCAGCGAGUAUCCGUGAUUUUUUUUUUUUUGGCUAGACAUGACGUUACAUUAGUAUUGAUUACUAUUUGAAAGCGACGACAAUCAAGAAAGGUGACUCGAGUAUUAGAACAUUGAAUGUCUUUUGAUUACCAGGUUACUUAAUAGGGAAUGCUCGAAAAGAAUUUUUUUUUUUUAACAAACAAUUUUUAUAGGAAAAGAUUAACGCUUUAUUAACAGACUGAGAUAUGUGUAUGGAUCGUUGCACGACAAGAUUAAUAUAGAGAAGUACUGGAUACUCUUUCGUCAAAAGUGCGUGUUUCCAUUACGUAUGGAAAUAGUUAAUAACAUCUCGACAUAUGUCGUUUCUAGAUUUGAAAUUACUCGAAAUUCAUAUACCUCUGCUUGUAAGGUAUUACUCGAAUCUCGUUAGUGUAUAGUGAAACAUGUGAUAAGAAAAAUCCUGAGAAGGUGCACAAAAACGGAAUGGCUGCAUGCUGUGAAAUGUUUUAUAUAUUUGUCACGUACGAGAAUAAUUGCUACAAAAGUGUUCCGCUUAUGCUAUAUUAUAGGUAAACAUUCGCACUCAGUUAAAACUAACACGUCGUUGUGCGCGCGCGCGUACGCGUUAUACCUAAAAUUUAAAUGAUUAAUCAGGUUCGGACUACGCGUUCACUACGCGAAAUACCGCAUGUGCUACUGGAAUGACGUAUUCAUGUUUAAUAUUUUACUCCGUUGUUACAAUUACCGCGUUAUUUCAUACCGCUGUGUUAAUCAACACAAGUUAAUCUCGGCGAAAAUCGGCCGAAUAUUUGUCCGGUAAAUUUUUUUUUUUUUGGUUUUAUGUCGACAUUUGUUUUUAAAAUAUAUACGUGCAUUGACUUUUGUUUUAGAAGUCUUUUUCUAAUCGAUAAUUUUUCGAUAGCUCUUGCAUUGAAUGAAAUUUAAAUAUAAAAUUUCAACAGUUGAACAUUUAUAUUGUUUGAAACUUGAAAAAACUGCGGCUGCUAAUACAGUUCACGCUAAACUAGGCACAACGGAUAACUAUAUAUUUUGAUAGGAGAUAAUACCAUUUUGAUAUUCGAUAUAUGUUUAUGAAAAGUUUUACGGUGCACGUGAUGUAAGACAAUAUAACUCAUAUCUAUAUAAGAUUUGGUUCGCGAAAUUCGCGAAAUAACACCGUACAAACUUUCAUUCCAGAGAGAAUUCCAAAGAAAUUAAGAAAAUUUAGGCGUUUAUUCACAUUGUUUACCCGAAUGUAAAGAGCUACUUAAAAUCUGUCUCCUCUCGCAAAUUUUGGUGGAAGAAUUCGCCAAUAUUAUAUUAUAUAAAAUUUAUCGAAUAUAGUUUAAAAUCAAUUUUUGUCAUUUAACAAUUUAUUGAUUUUUAUAUAAUGGCUGAAAUUGUAUUGUUUAUCAAAUCCAGAUUGUCAUUUAUAAAGAAAUAUUCUUUAUAGUAACAACAAAGUUGUAAUCAUGUAUUUUGAAAAAAUAAUUAUGAUAAUUAAAUAAUCGAAUGUUUAUAAAAAUUUUUCGUUUGGUCUGUCUGAGGUAAUUGGCAUAAAAACAUGUUUGUCAACAUAUAGACGUAAUGAAAUGAACGGAGAAUAUCUGUUUAUAGAGAUUAUAAAAAAUUUAUUAUUAACGGCUAUUGUCUGUUUGCUCUUGUGAUAAUUAUUGAAAAAUUAGCUUCAGUUGUUCAAUGAAAAAGAGUAUAUAUAUAUAUAUAUUCUAAUUUUAUAAAAUGCUAUCCAGUUUUGAUACUGAUAUGGUUGAGUCUUCAAUGAAGAAAUACUGAUCUGUGUAUGUAUAUAUCUUUCUCGUAUAAAAUAAUGAUAAUAAUGUAUGUGUUAUGAAACCGUUGAAUAGAUUUAUAUUUUGUAUACUAAUUUUGUUUGAAUACAUAGUCUUAUUUUGUAUUUAUGCUCCCUUAGUACGCGCGUUAGUUACACAACGAAACUUUACUAUGUAUUUAUUACUUAUAUAGUACGAUGUUCUGUCACCGUUAUAUAUAAAUAGAGAAUCUUGUUACUUUGCCGCGCCGGCAGAGUGCGGCGGUAUAGUAUACUUUUUGUUCAUUGUAACAUUAUAUAGCUACAUUAAAACUAUUUCAAAUG